AGAACCAGCUAGAUAAGUGUAAUUGUAUUAUGGCUCAAAGAAGACACUAGGCUUGAUGGCCUAAAGGCCUUUUCUUUUGAAGCCGCGAUUCAUCACCAGUGAUGUAAUUAUCUAUAUUCACGCAGGAUUGCAGUCAUCCUCUUUGUCAGUAGAGUUCAGUUCAGUAGACUCUCUUUCAACAAGCAAACCCACAGAUGAUGGGGAGGAGGAAGAGGAAGAUGAAGAGAAUGAUGAAGAUGAAAACCUUCCAAGUAUACUGCUGCACCAAGAGCAAUGGUCAGUAACUGAGGGGAUGCUGGUUUGGUGUAAAUUCCAGAAGUACCCACAUUGGCCAGCAGUGGUAAGAAGUGUAAAGCCCAGGAUCAAGAAGGCCAGCAUAUUGUUUGUCGAUGAAAAUAUAAUAGAUGUAGAAAAGAAUAAAAAAGGCUUUACGGUGUCUGUAAGGACACUGAAACCAUUUGACUGCGAAAACCGUCAUCAGUUAACAGCUGCAGCACGGCACAUUUACAAGACUUCAGUUGAUUGGUGUGUGGCUCUAAUUGAUGAUUAUCGAAUCAGAAGAGGAUGUGGCUCCUUCACAGGUUCCUUUGUUGAGUACUGUACAGCUGAACUUAGUAUCCCAGUGCGAAAAUCAUUUGGACAAGAUCCCUCACUAAUGACCUUUCCAUACACUUCAAUUGCAAAUCAAGUAGAAGGAGGGAAUUCUGAUUCUGAAAUUGAGAUCACACCAUCCAGACAACAUCCUACCAAAAAACUGCUUCCUGAUAGGAAGAAAGCUGCCAGAGAUCGAGCUAACGAGAAACUUGUGCAAUUCAUUGUCAAGGCAAAGGGUGCAGAGAAGCACCUUCAGGCUGUCAUUAAGGGACAGAAGCCAUCUAGGUGGCUAGAGGAGUUUAAAACUCGUACCCGCAACUCAAGUGUCAUUGAUACGUACCUUGAAGAUGACUGGCAGCUGGACCAAGUGGUUAACUACUUAAAAGCUGUCUGUGAAAUGAAUGUGAGCACAAAACUCUUAGAAGAUUAUGAGAGGUCUAGGUUUAUCCUGGAUGUCCUCUUGCCGGAGGCCAUUAUUUGUGCAAUUGCUGAGGUUGAACAGAUGAGCAUCAAGAAAGCCGAAGAAAAGUACAUGAAGGGCCCACUUCACAGUGAAAGGGAAGUUGAACACUUCAACAAAGAGAUUGAAAAAGAGAUGAAACUGAAACAGAAGCUCUUGAAAAAGGAGGAAUCCACUAGCUGAAGCUUUCAUUCUUAAAAUGCACGUGUACAUAAGAUUGAAUGAAACUCAUAUUUUUUGUGCAAAGUAAUAUCAUUUUUGAUAGCAAGAAUUUAAAUGUUUCUUAUGAAAUAUCAAAACCAAUUGUGUACAGAUAACAUGAGAGUUAAAAGCGUGUAAAUAUCCCAUCUGGGGAAAUCAAUUAUCUGUUUAAGUCUCAGUGCAUAAGGCUUAAAGCUUAAGUAUGUUUUUUACUUCAAAAUGAAAAGCCAUUCAUUUCACAAAGACUUAAAAUUUUGGCAAGCUCAGUUAAAUUUGAUAUCCUUUAUUGUGUCCUUUUCUGAAACGCAAAAAAAUUGUGCUUUUUUUUUGUUGAUUUUAACUUUGAAUGGUAACCACCUUUGUGGUGUAAUAUCAAUAUUCUCCUAAGAGUGGGUAAUGAAGGCAUUUGAUUCACUAUUCCAACUACACGCACAGUAUAAUACAUGAGAAUGUGCUAUCAAUAAAAAUCACACUUGGAA